AUGUCAUUGAAAACAUCGGAAAUUCCCACAAUGUUUCCCAAUGAACAUGAAAUGAAAGAUUUAUUAAAAUAUCUUUAUGAAAAACAAUCAAUUUUAGAAGAAUUUGGUGCAAUAAAAUUAAUUCCACCUGAUAAUUUUGGAAAUCUUUUGAAAAAAACUUCAAUGAAUUUUUGUUCAUCUUCAACAAUUCAACAAGUUCAACAAAUUCGCAAUUCCAAUUCGAUUUAUUCAAUAAAAACCAAUCCAAUCGAGAGAAAUGAUCAAAUAAUCCAUGACAGUUGUCGAAUAACUAAUCAAAUCUUCUGGUUAUUAUUACCAAAUUCAUCACAUAUUGAAGAGAUUUCCAGUAUUUCACAUAUUAUUGGCAAAAGUUUAUUUUUAAAACGUGUUCAUCGAAGUCAAUUUGAUUUUCAUCAAUUACCAUCUCAAUCACUUUUAAAAUUACUUGGAAAGAAAAAUCUUCAUGAUUAUUCAUCAGAUUUAAUCAAAGCUCACGGACCCGCAGCGAUCUUUCCAUUAUCAUCAACAAAACAAAAUCUUUGUCAAUUUAAUUAUCUUCAUCGAGGUUCAAAACGAUUUUGGUAUAUUAUUCCAACGAAACAAAGAUUUGUCUUACAGAAUUUAAUGCAACAAAUUCAUCCAGAAAUUUCUCUUGAAUCGGAUCAAAUUCUAAUUGAUCCAAUUCUGUUCAAUGAACAUGGAAUCAAAUAUUAUGAAGUGACUCAAAAUGCGAAUGAAAUUUUAAUUUUAUCAUCGGGAAUUCUUUCACAAAGUUUUACUGAAGAUGAAAUUCUAUGUGAAUCGAUUCAUUUUGCUUUACCCAAUUGGAUUUCGAAUUCUUUUACAAAACAAUCGAAUGAUCUGAAUGUGUUUAAUCGAGAAAAUAUUGAAAAAUAUAUUGAAAAACAGCUGAAAAUUCAUAAAGAACAAACGAAGAUUGCAGAGGUAGAAGAAUGGCCAACAAAUCAUAUCGAUGAAGAAGAUUUCAUCAUGGAUAUAUGUGAUCAAUCAAUUGAUUUAAUGCGAUUUGAAAAUAAACUUUUGUCUUUGGAAGAUUUUCAUCUCACAAAUCAAUAUGAUUCAUUUAUGUAUGAAGAUAUUUUGGAUAUUCUUUCUUCUCCAUCUGCAUUGAAUACUCAAUCAACCAAUGAAAAUCUUCUCGAAUCAUUGCAAAUAUCUAAUCCAAAUCGAUUUGUCUUGAAAAGUCAUCAUAAUUCUUACGAAAUCGAUGUGAAAAAUAUUUUACAUUUAUCCAAUAUAAAUAAACAAAUCAAUAAAAAUAAUCUUCGAUCAUUUUUCAUCGAUUCGACAAAGAUUAUCUUAAAACAAAGUGAAAUUCCUCCACAUUUAAAUUAUGCAUUUAUCUUUCAUCGAACAAAUCAUCAAGCUGAAUUUAAUCGACAAAGAUUUCUCCUUAAUCCAUCGAUUUUCGGAGCAAAGUCACAAAUUAAAUUUGCAAAAACUUUACCUGAUGAAGAUCAAGUCGAUGAAAUUUGGAAUCUUGUUGUUCGACAAAUUCCUGAAAAUGUUUCCGAAAUCGAUUUAAAAAACUUAUUUUUCAAUUGUGAAAAGAUUAAAUUUAUUCCUGGAAGAUCAAUUGAAAAAUCUAAAUCAAAUUCAAAAUUUCUACCUGGAUAUGCCUUUUUAGCUUUUCAAAAUUCUGAUCAAGUCGAUGAAAUUCUACAAAAUUCUCAUAGAUAUCAAAUCAAUAAUCAAUCUUUGCACAUUUCUUAUUUUAACAAAACUAAUUUCUGA